CCAGAAUAUACGCUCAACAGCGCCACCCCAGUGACUGUCACACCAGUUCAAUGCAGAGUACCUCAGUGCUAAAUGAUGAACCAAGGGGCUAACGAAGCCUACCAGAUGGAUAUUUGGAAAUCUGCUAGUGCAAGAAGAACAAGGAUGAAAAGGUGUCGGAAAAGCAAUCGCCCUCUGAGCACCGCUACCACAUCGUUUCUCCAAUGUGCCAAUAUAUAAUGAACCACAAGCGAGUAGGAAAAUGUCAUCAACAAUAAGCACUUUAAUGAUGACACAGGGAUGAAUGUACGUUAUGUCACAGAUUGAGAUGCAGAAGAACUGUUCAAAUGCUUUAAAAACCUUGGUUUUGAAGUUUGUAUCUACAAGUACAAGUGACCAGUACUGUGAAAAAAUGACGAAGAUACUGAAAAAUGUGUCGGAAGAGAAUCACGACGACAGUUCUUGCUUUGCCUGCAUUUUGCCAAGCCAUGGAGAAGAGGGCAUGAUAUAUGGAACGGACGGGGCCAUGCCCAUCAAAUACAUUAACUUCCUCUUCAAAGGAGACAUGUGCAAGAGUCUUGUGGGGAAACCCAAGCUUUUCUUCAUCCAAGUAAAAGAAAAUGGAAAAGCCUGUCAAGGUUCAGAGUUCAAUGAUGGUAUACAGACUGACUCAGGAACACCUCAUGAUGUUCUAGAAACAGACGCGAGCCCCAGACACAAAAUCCAAGUGGAGGCAGACUUCUUGUUUGCAUACUCCACUGUUCCAGAAAUAAGACUUUGUCUUGAGAUCAGCAGCAUAAAAGAACUAAUGCACUCGGGAAACAUCAAGCAGAUCCUUUGGUCUGCUACAAAGCAGCAACUUGAUGACUCUCUGACCAAGAAGGGGGCUUCUACUUCGUUACUACAAAAAACCCUUAGUGAAGGUUACUAUUCAUGGAGGAACCCAGGCCGGGGAUCUUGAGCCGUCCAAGCUCUUUGUAACGUCCUCAAUGAGUCUGACAAGCAACUUGAAAUCUUGCAAAUUCUCACGUGUCAACUACAGUACAUGGUGGCAAACAACUUUGAGUCCUGGUCUGAAGAUUCACGCUUCAGUGAGAAGAAGCAGAUUCCCUGUGUUGUCUCUAUGCUGACCAAAGAGCUUUAUUUUAACUGAUAACUUACAAGUAUGUUUGGUAGCACACUUUCAAAUCACAGUCAAAGCUAGGCUGAUUUACUGACAGGAUAUGACCACUUGGUCUCAAUAUUCAGGGAUGAUCCAGACACAGCUACAGUUAUUGUGUGUGUGGGAUAGCGGUUUCUUUCUGACUUUAUUCUGGACGCUUAAUAGAUUCUUCAGAAGAGUGGAUCUUUAGUAGCAUGUUACUGUUCAUUAUUUAUCUUAUUUUUUGAACAUAAAUAUUGCUGUUCUUUGUC